UCGAUUUUUAGGUAUUUCUGUAGCUAGAAUAGUUGGUGGUUGGAAAUUGUUUAGGGUUUUGAAAUUCUUGAAAAAGUCAAUUUUUAUUUAUUUAUUUAUUUGAAUUAUUGCUUCUUUAUUUCACUGGAUCCGUAUUGAUUCAUGACUGCGCGUUUGAAUCUUUGUUUGUUUAUAUAGGAAAAAUAAUUGCAUACCCAUUUCAGGGCAGCUUAUUUUAUUUUAUUUUAAUUUUUUUGUUUUUGUAAUUUUCAAUUAAUAUCCUGUUAGAAAAAUAAAUAAAAACGUGAUCUUUACAAGCUUUUAACGAAUUCUAAUCAAUCUUUUUUGAUGAGCAUAUUGAUUUCUUUUCGCUUGCAAUUAAUUGAAUUUCUCUGUUUAUUCCAAGUCUAAGUUUCUUGAUUCUGCUGCUUGUUUCAAGAUCAAGGCCCUUCUAUUGGCCGGGCUGAGCUGAGUUGAGCUGAGUUGCGCUGAGCUGAGCUGAGUUUUUCCCGGUGACAUGGACGCAAAAACGAGCGAGGGAGGUGCUGAGAUGGCGAAGGCCGAUGACGUGUCCCUCUCGAAGAUGCUAGGACUAGGAAAUCUUAGUGGCAACAGCCUGUGUGACAAAAGCCCCGGUAGUUUGAGCAGCAAAGACAUGAUUUUUCGGGCGGAUAAAAUCGAUUUGAGAAGCUUGGAUUUGCAGCUGGAGAAGCACUUGAGCAGGGUUUGGUCAAGAAACACGGAAAAUCAGAACACCAACAAUAACAAGCCGAAGGAAGUGUGGGAGAUUGAUCCUUCAAAAUUGCAAAUUCGUUAUCUCGUCGCGCAGGGUACCUAUGGCACGGUUUUUCGUGGGACCUACGAUAAUCAAGAUGUUGCAGUGAAAUUGCUCGAUUGUGGAGAGGAUGGCAUGUCGACAGUUGCCGAAACAGCAGCUCUUCGGGCAUCGUUUAAAGCAGAGGUUGCUGUGUGGCACAAGCUUGAUCAUCCAAAUGUUACGAGUUUUGUUGGUGCUUCGAUGGGUACGUCACAGUUAAAAAUUCCGUCGAAAAACCCUUCCGAGGGUUUUACGACCCUUCCAUCGAGGGCAUGUUGUGUUCUUGUGGAGUUUCUCCCCAAAGGGACUUUGAAGAACUUGUUGUACAAGAAUCGGAAGAAGAAGCUUCCGUUUAAAACCGUUGUUCAACUUGCUCUUGACCUUGCUAGAGGGCUGAGCUAUUUACAUUCGAAGAAGAUUGUACACCGUGAUGUAAAAGCCGAAAACAUGUUGUUGGACAAUAAUCGAAAUUUGAAAAUUGCCGAUUUUGGUGUGGCUCGUGUUGAAGCUCAAAAUCCGAGGGACAUGACUGGCGAAACGGGAACACUUGGCUAUAUGGCACCUGAGGUUCUGGAUGGGAAGCCAUACAACAGAAAAUGCGACGUAUAUAGCUUCGGAAUUUGCUUAUGGGAAACAUAUUGCUGCGAAGUGCCUUACACCGAUCUUAGCUUUGCCGAUGUUUCCUCUGCUGUCGUUAGAAACAAUUUGAGGCCACCAAUUCCAAGAUGUUGCCCGAGUUCACUAGGGAAUAUAAUGAAAAAGUGUUGGGACGGAAAUCCCGAUAAACGACCCGAAAUGGAAGACGUGGUGAAAAUGUUGGAAGCCAUAGACACUAGCAGAGGUGGUGGAAUGGUACCCGAGGAUAAAUCUUUCUUGGGCUGUUUCUUCUGCUUUUCGUUCACUCGGGGACCUUAAAUCAAUUUCUUUUUCUUUUUUUUUCAAAUUUAAAUUUUCUUCGUUUUUUCACUUUUUUUUUGUUUUUUUUUUUGAGAAUAAUUUGGUAAGUGAAAGUGAAGAUUCAAAGCUGCAUAUGUAUAUGAACAAGUUUAUCAAGUCAGACCUUUGCUUGAGGUUGUUGAUGAGACAUAAUUUGUUAUUUUAAGUGUUUAAAUUUUUAUAUGUAAGUCUGGAUUUUUUAUUAUCAUGUAAAUACAGGAUUAUUUAGUCUAUCACACACAAUCCCUUUUAU